AUGGCGAUUUCAGCAAUUAGAAAACCAAACAGAACUCCAUUUGACCAAACUGAACUCCACAAUCUUUCUGUGUUCUCCCAUCUCUAAUAUGUCCACAAUAAAAAUUUAAAUCCUAACUACGGUAACACAGAUGAAGAUUCUACUAAUGAAUAGUCGAAAGAUAAGUAACAAAAGAGGCAAAAUAAGCAAGAGGAAGAACUAAACAAACUCAGAAACCAAUGUGAUUCAAUAAAAAAUCUCACAAAGUAUUUCGUACUUUAAAAUGACUAAAUAGUAGCUAGAAUACUUUAAAAGGACUAUUAAAACUAAGCUGUGAGUUUGAUAGCUGAUAAAGUGGUCAGGGAAAAUGAGAAAAUAAAUGAUGUGCAUAAUGGAAGUGGAUUUAACCAUUAAAAAUAAUCUCUAAAGAAAUUUAAAGUGAGCAGUACUGCUUUAAGUCUUAAAGACAAAGUAAUGAAGCUGCCACAUAUUGCAAGUGCAUUUGAAUGUUAAGAAAUGAUGAAGAAUGGCGGAGGCUAGACAAAUAAGAAAGACAAGAAAAAUGAAGUCACUAUUAGCAAUAGUAAUAGUAUGGGUAUUGGAGGGUAAGUAAAUUAAAUCGAGGAAAAUGUCAAGCUUGCAUAAAUUUAGUAAUAAUAAUAAAAGUCCAACCCCUUCGCUCACAUCUUGCAAAAUUAGGUGGGCAUCACUAUAAGUGCAGGUAACUAUAUGAAUACCAAAGCAGAUGGAGAGAAUAGGGAGACAACUUGGAAAUAAUAUGAAAGAGACCCUACUUAAUCUUAGUACUAUUAGAAUUAAUUUGACAUCAAAGCACCAAAGAGGGAAGUAGGUGCUCAAGGGAAUGUAUUGCCUGAUCAUUUUUAAAAAUACAACAACUAAUCUAACAAUAACCCUUAGCAUAACAGAACUGGAUUUUAAAAUGCUGGCUAAAACUACUAGAACUAAUUACAAAAUUAAUAAAAGAGAAUAUUCAGUGAGACAGGAUUUGAUCAGGAUUAAGAUAACCAUCAGCAAGCAAAGCGAUAUUAGCCAUAAUAGCCCUAGCUUUAACAGCCUUAGAUAAACUUAAAUGCUUUUAAGGAGCUGCAGAAAUAUAUAGAUGCUACUGACGGUGAUCUUGAUAUGAGUAAGGUAUAAAAGCACAUGAAGAAGUAGAAUCCUAAUCUUGACUUCGAAUUCAAUACUUUUGAAUCAAUCCCUAAAAAGCCUUAAAGAGGAUAAGAGAAUUAAUCUAAUCAAAAUACUGGUGGUUUUAUAACCGGUGUAUAAAAGUUUUAACAAGACUUAUAGCAGAGAAAGAAAGGAUUGGCUGCAGACAAUUAACCAUCGACAGUGAAUGAGUACUUUAAGCAAAAUUAAUAGAACAAUAACGCUAAUAAUAAGUGGGGUGGAAAUAAUUAUAACAACAAUUAUAAUAAUAAAGGUACAGGUGGAGGAUAUUAAGGCGGGUAUAAUAGUUAUAAUAAUAAUCAAAAUAAUAUGAACUCUGGAAAUAACUACAAUAAUAACUACGAGGAUGAUGACACUGCUACAGAUAAAUUGUUCAACAACAAUGGAAGAUAGCCUGGUCUCGGAGGAAGACGGAAAUUUGUGCCUCCUACUAAGGGGUAGCAAGGAAACGGAGGGGGUCUGUCAGGCAAUUUUAACCCUGCUAAAUCAGUCACAUAGCAUAUGGUAAAUGGAUACUAGAAUGAAGACAAGAAGUAGGAUGAGAACUUAGAACCUCAAGAUGAAAGAUACAAAAAUCUUGACCCAAGAAUGGUUGAACUUAUUGAAAAUGAGAUAAUGGAGAAGCAAAUCAACAUGACUUGGAAUGAUAUUGCAGGACUUGAAUUCGCAAAAAAGACUAUAAAUGAGGUUAUCAUCUGGCCAAUGUUAAGACCAGAUAUCUUUAAAGGAAUUAGAGCUCCUCCUAGAGGAAUUUUGUUCUUUGGACCACCAGGUACUGGUAAGACUCUUUUGGGAAAGGCUAUCGCAGCUCAAUCAAAAUCAACUUUUAUAUCAAUUUCUUCCUCAACUUUGACUUCAAAGUGGGUUGGAGAGGGAGAGAAAAUGGUCAGAACAAUGUUUGCAAUAGCUGCUAUUCAUCAACCCUGUGUGAUAUUCAUUGAUGAAAUUGAUUCCUUAUUGUGUGCAAGAAAUGAAAAUGACAUGGAAUCUUCAAGGAGAAUAAAGACUGAAUUUCUAGUGUAGCUGGACGGAGCAAAUACAUUUGCAGGGGAAAACUCUAGGAUUCUGAUCAUAGGAGCUACUAACAGGCCUGAUGAUCUUGAUGAGGCUGUGAAAAGAAGAAUGCAGAAAAGACUUUAUAUACCGUUACCGAAUUCUGCAGGAAGAAAGCAGUUUAUACAAAGAAUGGUAGAAAGAGAGUCACAUGGUGAUGAAGGGCACUAAAUAAACCUAGACGAUAAAUCAAUAUAGGAGUUAGUUGAGAUGACAAAGGGAUAUUCUGGAGCAGACCUGAAAACUCUCAGCUAAGAAGCAGCUAUGGUGCCUUUAAGAUAAAUCGAUGAUAUAGCCAAUGUUGAUAUAUUGAAUAUAAGGCCAGUAACACUUGAAGACUUCAAGGAAGCUUUGAAAAAUGUAAAGGCUACUGUUAAGUAAGGAGAUUUAAAUUACUUCUUAGAAUGGAAUGAUAAAUUCGGAUCAUUUCCUAUUACAGAAGAGCAACUGGCUGAUUGA